AGCCUGUCAUUUGUUCACCCCUCGGCCAAUGACACGGCGGGAGGGCGGGCUUGCUUCUGUCGUCUUCUACUUUCUCCCCUCGCUCUCCUCCUCCGUCAGGCGCGGUUGGGACGACGGCGAUCGCGGCGCCCGGUGGCAAUGUCAGCUGAGGCCACGGCAGACCCGGCCCUACCUGCUGACAACUGUGCCCCGCUUGUCCCAAUCCAGCAGCGCCGGGAUGGUGGCGGAGGGGUCACUGGUGUGACCUUUGACCUCAAACCCCUGAACCCCAGCAGCAAGUAUGUGAAGCUGAACGUGGGAGGCUCUCUGCAUUACACCACAGUGCAGACCCUCACCAAACAGGACACCAUGCUCAAGGCUAUGUUCAGUGGCAGGAUGGAGGUGCUGACGGAUAGCGAAGGUUGGAUCUUGAUUGACCGAAGUGGCCGCCAUUUUGGAACCAUCCUAAACUACUUGAGAGAUGGCUCUGUGUCCCUUCCCGAGUCCCAGCGGGAGCUGGAGGAAGUGCUCUCUGAGGCCCGCUACUACUUGAUCCAAGGCUUAGCUGAGGACUGUCAGCUUGCACUACAGCAAAAGAGUGAAGCCUAUGACCCUCUUUGCCACAUCCCCAUGGUGACCUCUCCCAAGGAGGAGCAGCAGAUCAUCUCAAGCUGUUCCAAGCCUGUAGUGAAAUUGCUGCAUAAUAGAAGUAACAACAAGUAUUCAUAUACAAGUAACUCAGAUGACAACUUGCUGAAGAAUAUUGAACUAUUUGACAAACUGGCCCUACGGUUCAAUGGGCGCGUGCUCUUCAUCAAAGAUGUCCUUGGGGACGAGAUCUGCUGCUGGUCGUUUUAUGGGCAGGGCCGCAAAAUUGCAGAAGUCUGCUGCACCUCCAUUGUAUAUGCCACUGAGAAGAAACAGACCAAGGUGGAGUUCCCAGAGGCACGGAUCUUUGAGGAGACCCUGAACAUCCUCAUCUAUGAGACGCCACGGGUGCCAGACAAGGCCCUCCUGGAGGCCACAGGGGGAGUGGCUGGUGGGGGUGGAGGCCCCCUCCGUGCAGGUGAUGAUGAAGAUGGGCGGGAGCACCGUGUCCGACGCAUUCAUGUCCGUAGACACAUUAUGCAUGAUGAACGCCCUCAUGGCCACCAGGCUGUCUUCAAAGACUGAUCCUGCCUCCCUUCCAGCAUCCUUGUUACUCCGCCCAUUCAGUGCCAAAGGGAGACCUGCUUCCUCCUUUUGACCUUCACCCCAAGGUCUUCUCAAGGGUGUCUGCACCCUUGCUAACCCAUACCUCUCUCCUCUUUGGCCUUUUCUGCCCUUUUCCUCUUCAUUGACUUUAUAACCUUCCUUAUUGUGACUAUUGACACCUUGACCCACCCUGCAUUGUAUUUGCAUGCUCUUUCCAAGUAUUGAUUUUCCUUAAUAUUUGAGUCUUAAUCCUAACUGCCUGAUCUUCUACUACUUCUCCUCUGGUUCUCAACUUGCCUCCUAAUUCUCAAGACACUACACAUACCUGGAUGGUGAUCCUUUAUUCACAACAUUUUUGACACAGAAUAUCCUCCUAAAACCACCAAACUUUUCCUCAGUUGAGGAUCCAUGGAAGAACAGUAAUACAAAAAUAUCUGUUUUGAAUAUUUGUGUUCAAAGAAUGUUAACGAAAGGAAGACUACAUUCUGUCUCCGUUUAAUAUUGGACCUUUUGGAGACAUCCAUUGUGGCACUUCUGUAUUGACCUUGUCCAUUUUCUCGGUUGAGUCAAGGACAAGUUGCUUCCUAGAUAAGGGUGUAUCAGAUUUAUUGAUAUAGACUCUGAUUUCACCCAUUUAAAGCCUUCUGUGACUUUUGCCCUUCACCUCCUGUUGAUUAUUUUUAAUUCCCCCAUCCCUUUGUUUUGUUUACCUGAUUUUUCUGUUCACCUGGCUUUAAUGUAUCUUGUGUUGCUUGUGUGGAAGAAACCAUCUGGAUAUAAGAGAACCGAACUAAAACUGUUCUAGGUGAAGCUA